AUGACUGCAACUGCUCCAUACACAAUUGAUAAACCAUUUAAAGUAGCAAUCAUCGGUUCUGGUAACUGGGGAACUGCUGUUGCCAAAUUGGUUGCUGAAAACACUGCUGAAAAACCAGAAAUUUUCCAAAAAGAUGUACAAAUGUGGGUCUUUCAAGAAGACAUUGAUGGCAGAAAAUUGACUGAUAUAAUAAAUCAAGAUCACGAGAACGUCAAGUACUUACCAGGAAUCCAAUUGCCAUCUAAUUUGAUCGCCAACCCAGAUAUCGUUGAUACAGUAAAAGAUGCGGAUUUGUUAGUCUUCAAUAUUCCUCACCAAUUUCUUGGUAGAGUCAACAAACAAUUGAAAGGUAAUGUUAAAUCAACUGCUAGAGCCAUUUCUUGUUUGAAAGGUUUGGAGGUUGACCCAGAAGGUUGUAAAUUGCUUUCUACUUCAGUGACUGACGACUUGGGUAUCUACUGUGGUGUCUUGUCAGGUGCCAAUAUUGCUACUGAAGUUGCUAAAGGUAAAUGGUCAGAAACAUCUGUUGCCUACACCAGACCUGAUGAUUUCAGAGGUGAAGGUAAAGAUAUUGAUGAAUAUGUCUUGAAAGAAGUUUUUCACAGGCCAUACUUCCAUGUCAGAGUUAUACAAGAUGUUGUAGGUGCUUCAAUCGCUGGUGCCUUGAAAAAUGUUGUUGCUUGUGCAGUUGGUUUUGUCAUCGGUGCUGGUUGGGGUGACAAUGCUAAAGCCGCAAUUAUGAGAAUUGGUAUUAGGGAAAUUAUCCAUUUCGCUUCCUACUGGCAAAAAUUCGGUAUCAAAGGUUUGGCUCCGCCAAAUCCAUCAACUUUUACUGAAGAAAGUGCUGGUGUUGCCGAUUUAAUCACAACUUGUGCUGGUGGUAGAAAUGUUAAAGUUGCAAGAUACAUGAUCGAACACAAUGUUGAUGCAUGGGAAGCUGAAAAGAUUGUAUUGAAGGGUCAAAGUUCUCAAGGUAUUAUCACUGCCAAAGAAGUUCACGAGUUAUUGGAACACUUUAAAUUGCAAGAAGAAUUCCCAUUGCUUGAGGCUACUUAUAAAAUCAUCUAUGAAGGUGGGAAAGUAGAUGACUACCCGGAUAUUUUGAACAAUGAUUAG